AGGUGUAAACAGUGCGAGUCCUGGGAUAGGAUUUGGUUUGCCAUUCUCUUGCCUCGAAAAAAAACCCCCCAAGGACAUUUCAGACUUUGUGCUUUACGAUCCAUUGCCUCAAAGGCAGCCGAAGGGGAAGAGAAGGAGGCGUGGCAGGCCGAGGAACUCGGUCCAACCUGAUGCUUUUUUUGAGAAGGUGUAAGGUAUCCGGAGAAAUCAGAACAACCCGGAGUGGCCACGCAGCAAGUCACGGUCGAAGCGAAGUUGGACAACACUCAAAGAAUCAUGAGGUCCCAACUUCCAUGUGCCUGACAUGUACAUACAUCAAAUGUUGAGCGACUUUCCUGCCCAAGCAGGGCCCUUCUUCCUCACAAAGAUUGGUCGCGGUAUGACGGGCAAGUCGUUGCUGGAGCCUACUCUCCAAGCACGACAACCUCAGACAUCGCCGGGCCUGAAUUUCCGGGGUUCACGACAAAACUCGGUCGACACACGAACGAACUUGUUCUACAGCAAUCGUCUGUAAUUCUUCCAGCAAACAUCGAACCCGCCACGCUUCCGACGGGUGAUGAUGAGCGAAAAAAUCUUCCAUUACGAUUUCGUAACGAGAGGGGACAGUUUUUCCAACUCAAAGACUGUACCCACUUCAUCGACGUGGCAAACUCCUGUCUCGCAAGGUCCGUCACCGACAUUUCGAUUUUCUCCCGUAAAUGUCAGAGAGGCCGUUGCCGUCCAAGCACUUGUGAAGACUUUCCUUCGGCUAGGUGCCCAGAGAAAUCAGACUGCCGUCUUGGGCGAGGAAUUUUCGAAACCAGACGACAUUCUUGAAAGAAUCUGGCGGCUCAGAAUCAGUGCCCAGGGUCGAUUUUACAGACCUGUGGCAUAGACCCAUCACGAGGUCUGGGAAAGGAAAAGAGUGAUUUCAGAGUCUGACAAAACCAAACAGCCGAGGGGACUGGGCUGGCUCUCUCUCCAGCAAGAAAAAACCAGCAUUGUACAUUCGUGGGCAACUGGGAGAGAGUCAUGCACUACCGACAGACCUCCUCGGGCAGCAACUUUCUGAAGGGUCUGUUUAGCAGAAUGCAGGAACUGCAUAGACCGGGCUGGGUUGUUG